CGAAUUUCGUAUAAAAAAGUUAGCUUGAUGUGAUUGUUAAACAAAACAAAUUCUGACUUCCAUUGUUUGCAAAUGACGAUUUGUGUUCAUAUUUGCGAGCAGAUUAGUGAAAGUGCUACAAGAAAAAGUCGUAGCAACGUUUUAUUAGGCGGUUGUAAAUGUCUUUGCGGCUACGAUUUUAUUUGUCUUAAGCGGCUUAAAAGCCGGUUUCAAAAUUUUUCUAUAGACUGCUCUUGAAAAAGGUGGAGUAGUUAGUGGACCGUGAUGGUGUGGUAGAACAAAAUAAAAAGCAGUUUGACAGAGCUCUUACUUGAAGAUGGGCAAAUUAUUAAGCCUUCUUGCAAGAGAUGACUCAAAUUGUUGUUCACCACAAAAAUAUGAUGUGUUCCUUGAUUUUGAAAAUGCACAGCCAACUGAGACGGAGCAAGAAACAUUUGAAGAGGUACAAAGGGUCUUGAGAAACUCAGAAUCGAUUUUGGAAGACAUCCAGUGUUAUAAGGGAGCAGGAAAAGAAAUAAGAGAGGCUAUUUCAUCACCUACUGAAGAGUAUCAGAAGAAAGCCUGGCAGGCAGUGAUGCCUCUGGUUACAAAACUGAAAAGGUUUUAUGAAUUUUCUACAGAACUUGAGGCUGUAGUUCCAAAGAUUUUAUUCCAGCUGUGUUCGGGCUCAAUGACUCCUACCCAACAUUUAGAAACUCAACAAGCUCUGGUCAAGCAGUUUGCUGAAAUUCUUGAGUUUGUACUGAAAUUUGAUGAAUACAAGAUGAAAACACCAGCUAUACAGAAUGACUUCAGUUACUAUCGUCGCACCAUAACACGGCAGCGAAUGUCAAGCAGUGAUGGUUAUGAGCACCCUGAUACAAGAGAAGUGACAAAUGAGCUGGCCAAUCACAUGUCAUUAUUUUAUGCUCAUGCUACUCCCAUGCUGAAGGUUCUGAGUGAAGCAACUACAAGAUUUGUUGCAGAGAAUCAGGACAUCCCUAUUGAAAAUACAACAGAAACUCUAGGUACUAUGGCAAAAGUUUGUUUGCGGAUGCUGGAAAAUCCGAAUUUGAUAGCCCAGUUCCAAAGAGAAGAAACACAGCUUUUCGUUCUACGAGUAAUGGUUGGACUUGUCAUUUUGUAUGAUCAUGUACAUCCACAAGGAGCAUUUGUGAAGGCUUCUAAUGUUGAUGUAAAGGGUUGUGUGAAGCUCCUUAAAGAUCAGCCUGCUGCUCGAUCAGAAGGUCUCUUAAAUGCAUUAAGGUACACUACUAAGCAUCUGAAUGAGGAGGCAACACCAAAGAAUAUAAAAAAUCUUCUUGCAGCAUGAGGAACACUGCUAUUUAGUGAUAAUAUUGUUAUCAUUGCACAGUUAUAGGUGUUCUGCUCAAUGUGUACUCUGACACUAACUUGAGCAGGAUGAAAAAAACAGCAGAUGUUUUGUGUGACGUAUGUGCAUAUGAAUAAAUCAAUGGAUUAUAUAGAGAAGAUUCAUAUUCGUGUAAACAUUCAAACAGCAAAUGUUAUCACCAGUGUGUGCAUUACAGUACAUGUGAAAUUGUGUAUAUUGUGUCUCUUGAAAGUCUGCAUUGAAAAGGACUGGUUGCUUAGUGUCUGUUGAAGUUCUUGCCAGAUAAACACCCUUAAAAUUAGAUUGGUUAUGCAUCUUAAAAAUACAGUGGGCAAGAAGCAAGCAAAUUAUUUGAAUGUGUGACUGCCUGUGGACAGUUUGUGAAAUUAUGGUCCAUAUUAUAUAAGUUGCUGUUUCAUGAGAAACAAACUAUGGAGUUCCAUGGACAUAAUUCACUUUAAAAAAGUCCAAUUCCAUCAUGAUUAAUGUGGUUACAAGUUGUUCCAGUAAAGCUUUAAAAUUUUGCCUGCAAUAGAGUAAACUCUAUUAAAAUUCUUUAUGUUUAUGUGACGGUAAACUCCUUGAAGAAAAGUAUCAGAGCAAUUUAUUAUAUUAAGUAUUACUUUGAAGUUUAUGUGAACAAAUGUCAGAAUUUAUUUAUGUAACCAUAUUAGGCUGCCUGUACAUUUCAAUCAACUGAUUAUUUAAUAAACCAGUUGAAAUUUUAUUAAAAAAACUUGCAUGUCCCUCACUUGCAUAGUGACAUGCAGGAUAAAUAUCCUUCAUUCUCUUCCGUAGUGUUCUUAUAAUGAAAGAACCUUCCAAGUGAUGGUUUUCUUUAUCACUCUUCGAAAAUAUUCAAGCUUCCAUUAUGAUAACUGUGAUGCAUAUUGUUUGGUGUCACUGCCACUGUUUGAAAGAGUCUCUUUUGCUAUUGUGUGUUCAUUGAAAUAUAUUAAGUGUUUUAAUUUAUUAACAAAAUGUCAAAAUGUAUAGGUCACAGCAGUUGAUACAAGAAUAGAAGUAGAUUUUGACUGAUGCUGCAUUGGCAUGGGCAAGAGAGAGAGAGAGUGUGUGUGUGUGUGUGUGUGUGUGUGUGUGUGUGUGUGUGUGUGUGUCAGAUUUUUUAAAACAGUUUUCACGGUGUAGUUACUCAACUGCAAAAUGCGAGCAUGAUAUGUGCAACAGGAAAAAGGCACAAUUUAAUGCGUAUGCUCAAGAGAUCAUUCCACACAUUUUUUAAAUAAUUUUGUGAAUAUGCUUUGAAGUUAUUACAUUUUCAGCCGUGCCUGUUGUAAAGCAAUGUAUUUAAGAAAGAAAUUAAAAUUAUUCUGUCAGAACUGAAAUUGCACUUGAAGUUGGAUUGAUGCAUGCAUGCGUGCACGUGUGUGUGUGUGUGUGUGUGUGU